ACAUAAGCAGUGGUCAUGGUCAAAUCAAGGAGACAUAGCACAAAACCAAGCCAGAGCUGCCCAAAGCUUACUGCAGUGCUGAGCAAUAGAUCGGCCCUGUGCGUCCCUGUCACAUCUGCUGGAACUUGGUGUUUUUUCCACUGCUGGUCACCGGGACCUCCUUGCAGGAGAUUCCAUUUGAUCUGAGAGCUGCACAGACACAAGACUUGCUGGGAGCAUGGACCUCGGUGAACAGUGGCCUCUGGAGGAAGGAGCCUGGUUGUCUCAUGCUGGAAUUCAUCAUUUUGCCAACACCAGAGUGGACAGUGAGUUUGUGGAAGCCUCCCCUGCGCCCUACAGCCCAGAGGAGUUAGGUCCCCCUCCUGCCUGUUACAGCCCCAGUAGCCCCGUCCAGAUUCUGGAAGACCCCAGCUACUUUUUCGCAGACUUUCAGCCCUAUUCCGGGAGGCAUGAAGCAUCUCCUCUGACGGUGGAGGCAAACAGUAACAUCAGGGAAAAAGCUGUUGAGGAUCCUCUUUGUAACUUCCACUCCCCGAACUUCCCGAGGAUCUCAGAGGUGGAAAUGAGAGGUUCCGAGGAUGCGGCAGCUGGAACAGUGUUACAGCGGCUGAUCCAGGAGCAACUGCGGUAUGGCACCCCGACCGAGAACAUGAACUUGCUGGCCAUUCAGCACCAGGCCACAGGGAGUGCAGGAACAGCCCACCCUGCCAACAGCUUUUCUUCCACGGAAAACCUCACUCAAGAAGACCCACAAAUGGUCUACCAGUCGGCACGCCAGGAGCCGCAGGGUCAGGAACACCAGGUGGACAAUACGGUGAUGGAGAAACAAGUCCGGUCCACGCAGCCCCAGCAGAACAACGAGGAGCUGCCCACGUACGAGGAGGCCAAAGCCCAGUCCCAGUUCUUCCGGGGGCAGCAGCCACAGCCGCAGCCGCAGCAGCAGGGGGUGGUGGGUCACGGUUAUUACAUGGCCGGGGGCCCCAGUCAGAAGGCCCGGACGGAGGGCAGGCCCACGGUGAACCGUGCCAACAGCGGACAGGCGCACAAAGACGAGGCGCUGAAGGAACUGAAGCAGGGCCACGUCCGCUCUCUCAGCGAGAGGAUCAUGCAGCUGUCGUUGGAGAGGAACGGUGCCAAGCAACACCUCCCUGGCUCAGGGAACGGAAAGGGGUUCAAGGCGGGAGGGGGGCCCUCCCCAGCCCAGCCUGCAGCUAAAGUGCUGGACCCCCGAGGUCCUCCACCCGAGUACCCCUUCAAGACCAAGCAGAUGGUGUCCCCCGUCAGCAAGACCCAGGAGCAUGGACUUUUCUACAGUGACCAGCACCCUGGGAUGCUGCAUGAUAUGGCCAAGCCUUACCCUGCCCCGCAGCCUGCGAGGACAGAAGUGGCCGUCCUGAGGUACCAGCCACCCCCAGAGUAUGGGGUAACGAGCCGCCCAUGCCAGCUUCCUUUCCCGUCUACGGCACAGCAGCACAGCCCGAUGUCCUCCCAGAACUCCUCCGUCAGCGGGCCACUGCACUCGGUGUCCCUGCCACUUCCGCCCCCGAUGACCCUGGCCACCCCGCAGCCCCCGCCCGCCGCCUCCCCCAGCCAGCAGCUUGGUCCGGAUGCAUUUGCGAUCGUGGAGAGAGCCCAGCAGAUGGUGGAGAUCCUGACGGAGGAGAACCGGGUGCUGCACCAGGAGCUUCAGGGUUACUAUGACAAUGCCGACAAGCUCCACAAGUUUGAAAAAGAACUUCAGAGAAUCUCGGAAGCCUAUGAGAGCCUGGUCAAGUCUACCACCAAGCGAGAGUCACUGGACAAGGCGAUGAGAAAUAAACUCGAAGGCGAGAUUCGAAGACUCCAUGAUUUCAACAGAGACCUCCGAGAUCGCCUGGAGACAGCCAACAGGCAGCUGUCCAGCAGGGAGUACGAAGGGCAUGAAGACAGAGCGGCUGAGGGGCUCUACGCUUCCCAGAACAAGGAAUUCUUGAAGGAAAAGGAGAAGUUGGAAAUGGAGUUAGCAGCGGUGCGGACCGCAAGCGAGGACCACCGGAGACACAUUGAGAUCCUGGACCAGGCUCUGAGCAAUGCGCAGGCCAGGGUUGUCAAGCUGGAAGAGGAGCUGCGAGAGAAGCAGGCAUACGUGGAGAAAGUGGAGAAGCUGCAGCAGGCGCUGACCCAGCUGCAGUCGGCAUGCGAGAAGCGGGAGCAGAUGGAGAGGAGGCUUCGCACCUGGCUGGAGAGGGAGCUGGAUGCGCUGAGGACCCAGCAGAAACACGGAAAUGGCCAGCCAGCCAGCCUGCCAGAAUACAAUGCCCCGGCCCUCAUGGAACUUGUGAGGGAGAAGGAAGAGCGGAUCCUGGCGCUGGAGGCCGACAUGACCAAGUGGGAACAGAAGUACGUGGAGGAGAGCACCAUCCGCCACUUCGCCAUGAACGCGGCAGCCACUGCGGCGGCCGAGAGGGACACCACGAUCAUCAACCACUCGAGGAACGGCAGCUACGGCGAGAGCUCGCUGGAGGCCCACAUCUGGCAGGAGGAGGAGGAGGUGGUGCAGGCCACCAGGAGGUGUCAGGACAUGGAGUACACUAUUAAAAAUCUGCAUGCCAAAAUCAUAGAGAAGGACGCCAUGAUUAAGGUCCUCCAGCAGCGAUCCCGUAAAGACGCCGGGAAGACGGACUCCUCCAGCCUGCGGCCUGCUCGCUCCGUCCCGUCCAUCGCUGCAGCCACCGGGACGCACUCCCGCCAGACCUCGCUCACCAGCAGCCAGCUAGCGGAGGAGAGGAAGGAGGAGAAGACCUGGAAGGGGAGCAUAGGGCUGCUGCUGGGGAAGGAGCACCACGAGCACGCGUCUGCCCCGGUGCUGCCCACGCCCGCGGCCCCCGCCACGCCGGCCGGCAGCGCGCACGCCAAGACGGGCAGCAAGGACAGCAGCACGCAGACGGACAAGGGCGCCGAGCUCUUCUGGCCCAGCGUGGCCUCCCUGCCCACCCGCGGCCGGCUGAGCGGGACCCCUUCCAACAGCCCGGUCCUGAAACACCCCGCGGCCAAAGGGGCGGCGGAGAAACUGGAGAAUUCUCCCAGCCACGGGAAGUCACCCGACCACAAAGGCCGCGUCAGCAGCCUGCUCCACAAGCCCGAGUUCCCUGAUGGAGAGAUGAUGGAAGUUCUCAUCUAACACCGGCGUCCCUGUUGAAUUUCCCAACAGAACACUGACAAGCGAGGAACGUGGCAAAGAGAAAGAAAGAAAGACCAAGAAGGUUGUGAAUGGGUAAUCACGAAUGAUUUGAACUGAGGAUUUCAGAUUAGUAAGAACCCUUUUUAUAAAUGUUAAAAAAAAAACCAACAAAAAAACAAAAACAAGGAGACCUGCAUGACUGAAGAGGAAGAGAGGGCCAUGGAUUUUUACUACAUAUGGUGAAAGAAAGAAGAUGCAUGUAGGUUUGGAAACAGAAGAAAUAAGGAAUGGAAUUUUUCAUUGUACAGAAAAUGUAUCUCUUGGGGAGGGUCUGUGUACACCCAGUCUCUGGUUAUAAACAGAUAAACCUGAGCAUGGAUCUGC